AUGGCGGCCGCCGCCAGUAUGCCCGCACAGCGCCCGCGCCAGCGCCAGCGCGCGCCCCGCCCACCUGCGGUACAGGCGGAGGUGUGGGCGCAGCAGCGCGCGUUGGAGCGCGUGGCGGAGGACGUGGAGGCUGAGAUUUCGCGCGCACUGGCGGAGCGGCGCACGGACGACGCGGUGAGACUGCUGUGGCGGGAGCGGCAGGCCGGACGGUGGGCGGGCAGCCGCUGCUGGAGCCGCGCGGUGGCGCAGCUGAGUCUCCGCGGGCAGUGGCGCAAGGCGAAGCGGCUGAUCGACGAGGUGUGUCGCGCGCAGAUGGGGGGACAGGCGGGCGGAGAGGGGGAGGCAGAGCGAAGAGGGGCGUGGGAGCAGCAGGGGCCGGCGGGGAGUGCGGUGGGGGGUGAUGCAGGAGGGAGUGGAGAGGUGUUCAGAGAGGUGCAGGUGGAUGAAGACGCGUUCGGGCUCGCUGUGAUGGCAGCGGCGCGCAGUGGCUGUGCGGCUGACGCAGAGCGCCCCCCACGUGCGUCCGGACACAGCAGCUUUCAACUCCUAUCUUCCCCUCUAUCCCCUCCCUUUGCGCCCUCUUCCCCCCCCCCCAUCAUUCCCCCUCAGAGCGCCUCCCACAUGCGUCCGGACACAGCGGCCUUCAACGCGGCGAUCAACGCGGCGGUGACAGCUGGCGACCUCCCAUUGGCGGAGCGGCUGCUGGGUGAGGGCAUGGCGGGGGCGGGCGUGACCCCUGACGCCAUCAGCUUCAACAUUCUGAUCAAGGGGCGCGCGGCGCAGGGCAUGCCUGAGAGGGCGCAUGAGCUGCUGAAGCAUAUGAUGUCGCACGGCGUGCAGCCAGAUGCAGCAUCGUUCAACUCAGUGGUUGCGGGGUACGUGGCGUGUGGCAUGAUGAGGGAGGCACAGGCGCUCGUGCAGACCAUGUGGGACCUGGGGGAAGGGGAGGAGCAGGGGCAAGGGGAGAGGGAGGGGGAGGCGCAGGGGAAAAGGGAGGAGGAGAAGGGAGGAGGAGCGCAGGGAGAGGAGGGUGGGAAGCAUGGGGUGGGGGUAGGGCCCAAUGUGCGCAUGCUCUCCAUUCUCAUCAAGGGGCUCGUUGCUUCUGGAGACCUCGCUGCUGCGUUUGAGUGGUUUGAGCGCAUGAAGCAGCGGAGGGACACGGCACCCAACCACAUCACCUACGCUACUCUCAUGCACGCCCUCGUCUCCUCGCCGCCCCACCUCAUCCCCGCUCCCAUCCUCGCCCGCGCUGCUGCUGCCUCUGCCUCUGCUGCCACUGCCGCCACCGCCCCUUCUUCAGGCGCGAAUGCAGUGAGCUCUGCAGUCCCGCAAGCCGUCAUUGCCGCCAGCAGCAGCAAGCCCCCAGCUCUGCCUCCCCUUGCACUGGCCACGGCACCCACUACUGCUGCUGCUGCUGCCGUGGUGGAUUCGCGGGGAGCCGAGUCAUCUCUGAGGAGGCCAAGCAUUUUGAAGGCUGCACGGCCCAGCGCGGUCACAGGGGAGAAUCUCAACGCCGCUGGGAGUGAGGCAGGCGCACGCAGGGGGGAGGCGCUAGAGCAGCAGGGGCUAGGGAAUGGCCGUGUGGGCGUGCUGGAUGCUAGCCGCAGCAGGAGUGAGUCUGACCGGCCAGGUGGAAUUGUCGAGAAGCAGAACGGCUACAGCAGCAUCACCAGGGGUAGUCGCAGCAGCAGCGAGGACAGUAUGGUGGUCCAGACAGGCUUUAGCAACCUGGCAACGAGGGAAAACAGCGAGGACCUAGCAGGUGCAGGCAACCUUGACGAGUUGGCGGUGGUGGCAGCGCGGCAGCUGCUGGAGGAGAUGCGGGCGCGGGGCGUGGCAGGCAACACCGCCGUGCUCAACGUGCUGGUCAAGGCCCACUGUGACCGCGGGCAGAUGGGGGAAGUGGAGGCACUGUUGAAGGAAAUGGGGUGUGGGGCAGGCCCGGGUGCUGGGAAGCGGUUGCGGCAAGGCACAGCUUCCUCUGCUGCGCCCACUGCCGGGGAGGCUGCUGGAGGCUCCCAGAGUGCUUCUGAUGGGCCUCAAGUGUCUCGUGCUGCCAGCGAGGCUGCUGCUGCUGAUGCUUCUGAGGGUUGGUACCCCCGUGGAGGGGCUGUGUGGGGCGUGCGGCCCAACGCUGCGACAUUUGCGAGCAUCAUUGCGGCGUGUGGCAGGGCGGGCACGUGGCAGGGGGGGCAGGGGAGGUGGAGUGUUCGGGGUGACGCUGUCAGUGGCGCUGCUGCUGCUGCAGGGGCUGCUGUGCUGCCUCAGGCUGCUGCUGGCGCAAUCACGGGCUCGAUGACAAGUGACAGCAAUGUUGUGGACUCAGCGGAGUACAGCCCCAGGGGCAGCAGCAGCAGCAGCAGCAGCAGGGUGGAGACGGAAUGGGGCAGGGGAAAGGCGGAGUGGAGCAGGGGGGAGAGCGAGUGGGGUGGGGCAGAGGCAGCGGUGCAGUGGUUUGCGCGCAUGCGGCGGGAAGGCAUAGCGCCAACAGUGCAGGUGUACACGGCUCUCAUCUCCGCCCUCGGCCAGGCCCCUGAUGCCGACCCUUCCCGCGCUCUCUCCGUGUUUGAAGAGAUGCUUGUUGAGGCUGGGAGUGGUGCAGUGCGGUUGGGAGGGAGAGCGGGUGGUGGGGGGAGUGUGGGGGGGAGAGGCGGUGCGGUGGUGAGCGGUGGAGAGGAGUUGCGGGUGGAUGCAGCGGCGUGGGGUGCGGUGAUUGACUCACAGGCGAGGGCAGGGUUGGUGGACCAGGCGUGGAGUCUGUACCAACGAGCCAAGUCGUCCCUACGCCAGCCACCCACGGUAGUCUUGUUGGAGCAUUGGCAGCAUGAGAGCAGAGAGGGCAGGGGAGGCGCAGGUGUUGUGGCACCACUUGAAAGACCGACUGGUGAACAAACCUUCCUCUCUCCCCGUCGCACACACCUCUCCGUUACUUCCCGCCUGCAGGCAGCCUCAAUUGCUCCCACCCCAGCCACCUACGGUACUCUGGUGCGAGCGCUGGCAGCGGCAGAGAGGGCGGGGGAGGCGCUGGUGCUGUGGCGCGACUUGAAGGAGCGACUGGUGGGGACGGAGGGCAGCGAUGGGGAGAAGGGGUUGGGGUUUGGGGAAGUGGAGGGCGGGGAGGGGAGGUGGGAACUAAUGGGGGAAAGGAGGGAGGGGCGAGCAGAAACAGUGACGUGGAGGGCAGGAGUGGCAGGAGGAGCAGCUAAAGGGGCAGCCGGGGUGUGUGUGGACGAGGCAGUGAUGGAUGGGCUCAUGCUCAUCUUCAUGCAGGCCGGGUACUUCCAGCGCGCUCUAGAGGUCGUGGGGGCGAUGGAGCGAGCAGGGUUGGCACCCGAUAAGCUCAAGUACAAGCGCAUGCUCAUCACCUCCCUCUCCUCGCGCCGCCUCCGCACCCUCUCCUCCCUCUCCACCACCACUGCUGCUGCUGAUGAGUUCCCGGGGUCACGCGGCUUUGAGGCGCUCAAGUUCUGGCUGGGGCUGCCCAACCGCCUGUAUGAGUCUGACUGGAGCUGGCGGGACUGA